AUGCCCGAUCAACCACGAGUGAUUCUUGAAAAGUCUCGCACUGUCCGCCGUCGAUAUCAGCGCAGCAACCAACGGUUCCAAUUUACGGCAUCCCAAAUCGCACGGAUCGAGCGCGAGCAAGAGCGAGAACGUCGAGCACAGAAGCUCCGGGAUAAGGAGAAGCGGCGCAUUCAGGAGAAGAAGAAGAAAGCGGAGAAGGAGGCAAAGGCUCGCGAGGAACGAAUCCGAUCUGGUAUCCCGGAUCCCAAUGCAGCUUCUGUACCUGCAAGUCAACCACUGCUUUUCAAUUUUAUAAAGAAGACGCCAUCUGUUCAGCCUGAAAGCCAGGAAAGCAAAGAGCAGGUCGACACCGGUAGUGGUAGUGGCAGUGGCAAUGGCAGCGAGACGGAGGUAGCGACUGAGUUCGAAGAUGAGGACCCGAGCUUGGAAGAUGAGGAGCUGGACGGUAUGUUUAUUGCUCUUGGUGAGGCCGAGGUGCCUACGGAUGCGAAUGCCGAGGGGCCCGGUCUAAAUGUCAAAGGAAAGGAUGAGGACGAAUUCUCUGAAUGCUCCGCCUUCUACGAUGAGGAUAUUAUCAAAUAUUCCGGGGCUGCUUUGGAAGAACAGGUAUCAGUUGCAACAGUCUUGAGCGGUGAUUCCUUCCAAGACGAUACGGCAAUCCUCCUAGAAGAUGCGGCUGGUAAACAUUCACCUGAACCAAACCCCCCCAAGAUGCCAUUCAUUUCAGUCAAUAACCACCAACUACAUUAUGCAGACUCCCAUCCCGACGGAGCUCCUGCGGGCGGACUCACAUUCUUUUUCAUCCACGGCUUAGGCUCCUCACAGAACUACUACUUACCGGUUCUCCCAUUCCUGACUCCAAAGCAUCGUUGUAUCACUGCGGACACCUACGGUUCCGGCCGCUCUCCGUACACAGACCAAUCUGUAUCUAUCGGAUCCAUCGCCGCAGAUGUGAUCGCAGUACUCGAUGCAUUGAACGUUCCUCAAGCCGUGGUGGUUGGCCACUCUAUGGGCGGACUGGUCGUCACCCUCUUAGGUUCGGAGCAUGCAGACCGUGUGAAAGGGAUUGUCGCAAUUGGGCCAACUCAUCCAACUGAGACUCUGCAUUCAGUGAUGUCAAAACGCAGUGAAACCGCGGCACAAGGCGGCAUGGAGUCACUAGCGAACAGCAUUCCAUACCAGGCCACUGGAUCCGCAGCCUCCCAUCUAGCUCGUUCGUUCAUCCGCGAACUCGUCCUCGGACAGAACCCGAAGGGAUAUGCGGCGCUGUGCCAGGCCAUCGCCAACGCGCCCAUUAUCGAUUACUCAUUGAUAAAAGUACCAUUCUUACUGAUUGCUGGGGAGGAAGACAAGUCGGCUAGCAUGGAAGGAUGUCAGUACAUAUUUGAUAAUUUGUCAAGUAAGAACAAGAGGAUGGAGGUGUUGAAAGAGGUUGGACACUGGCAUUGUAUUGAGGCGCCAGACUCGGUUGGAACUGCGAUUUCCGAGUUUGUUGGGCAGAGCUACUGA